AUGUCCCAACCGCAUCGGAGAUCGGUUUUAAAUCUUUACAAGACACUUCUAUAUCUAGGUAGAGAAUGGCCGCAAGGUUAUGAUCUGUUCAGGAAAAGAUUGCACAAAGUGUUUACGAAAAAUAGUGAAGAAACUAAUCCAGAAAAGAUUAAAAUGAUGAUUAAACACGGCGAAUUUGUUGGUAAAGAAAUUGAAGCGCUUUAUAAAUUGAAAAAGUACAGGGCUAUGAAGAGAAGGUACUAUGAUGACAACUAA